CUAGCGAAGUCUAGGCUGUUUAAGAAGAAGAAUGGCCCAGUGGCUAAUGCUGGCCUAGUGUUUCAUGCUCUGAAUUCGUGUAAUAAAAUGGCAUCCUUUGUAGAGUCCACAUAUAGCCUAUGAUUCGGAAGUUCAACGUCGAAGAUGCUGCAAAUGUCACUUGCUUAUCUUCACUGCGAUUAGGCUACGGAUGAGGUGUAACUUGCCUCACCAACAAGAGUGAGGUUUUUGUCUGAACUCCAUCUGCGCAACUCAGACACUACCAUUCAUUGUAGCCCGGAUACAGCGUUGUGAAGGACGGAGCUUUUCUGAAAGCAACUGGCUACAAAAACAACACCGGACAAUGUUGCUGCAACCCUCAACUUUAUAACACUGUGCGGCUCUCCUUGGAUUGGAGGUGAUGCUAAGAACGUGCAGCACAGCUGUAUGAGCCCCAGCACAGCUGUAUGAGCCCCACCACAGGCUCUGCUUUGCUCUUCCAGUAGCUUGGAGUGAGGCCCCCACCGUCUCGCCAAGGCCUCAAGGUCUGGACCGACCGAUGGAGCGGCUCCACUGGGUCCGGCACCGAUGGCAGCAGAUGGUGGGCGUGGACGUGGGGAGGGGCUGGUACUCUUCCGCCGCCCCUCUGUCCUCCAAGAGUCCGCUGGACGCUCAGGAGCCUCCUGCUCACCGGCUGACGGGGAAGAGAAGGACCGUGGUGGCUCGCUGUGGCCCCAACCAGUCUGAGUAUCACAGCGUUUGCAAGGGUUACCCGGGCAACAGCAUCAGCACCACCAAGUACAGCCUGCUCAGCUUCAUCCCCAAGAACUUGUUUGAGCAGUUUCACCGGUGACUCUUAUCUUUGUGCAUGCUCAUAAAGUCAUACACACACACUCACACACAUCCACACACAUUCACAAACAUUCAAACAUGCAGGGAUUGGUACACACACAUAAAGAAGCUAAUUAGAUAUGGGAAAUUAAGACAGACGAAACAGACAAAAACAGAAAUAAUCAGAUGACUUGGGCAGUGAAAAAAGUCAUGCAUGUACAAGUAUAGCAUUUCAUGUGUACAGAGGCUAAUAUUAACAUGGCACCUCUCUCACCCGACAGUUGAGCAUGGAUCAAAACGAUAGUGGAGACAAACACAGUGCUGAGAGAAGGAAAUCAGAUUAGGAAGGAAAACCUGUCAGGUGUGUUUAGUCACCUGAUGAUUAAUUCACACACACACACACACACUUCAACUCCAGACUUGAAUUUUAUAGGCUUGUACAGCUUAAUAACUGCGAUCCCUUGGUCAAAGACUGUGGAUUGCACAACCCCUGUGGGCGUUUAUGCAGACAAGCUCCAAAUUGCAUGCUGUUGACUGGACAUGUAUGCCAAUGGCUUCAAGGACCUUUGUUAACACAGUUAAGGAAAUGGAGAUCUUUUCCAAACAUUUAAUUUUGACAGAGCAAAUAACUGACUUUCUGUAAAUCUGACUGUAUGGAGCAGAUUAUGGUACUCUUAAGUGUGGUUUGGAAGGUGACCUAUAGGUCAAGGGCUGGAAAUAUUCAGUUCAUUUCAAGAACUAUCCAAAUAAAUCAGUAAGUCUGUAGGUACUGCUAACCUAAAAUUCACUGGCAACAUUGCUGAUGCACAACAGGAAUAGUAUUUUAAAAAGGUGCCAAAUGUUUUUUGACAUCAAUUGUCUAAACUGCCAUGUGGUCCACCACUUAACAUGUUUGUGUGGGCACUCAAAUUUGAAAUAUGGUCCGCAAGCAAAAAAGCCUACUGUUGAUUACUGUUUUAAGACUGCACAUUUGGUACAUAUCUGUGUUGAACCUAACAUCCUGUACCUAAACAGUUCGGUACGAAUAUGUGUACCUUUACACCCCUAGACAGGACAUGUAGCCUUUAACAGCACUUGCCAGACAACACGUGGCUGAGACAGUACAGUAGCAUACACAAGAGUAACUUGACAAAAGGCCGCAGAGAUCAACAUGUUAAUGUGUGUGCAGAACUCUGUGUACUGCUGCCUGGUGGUGAAUUGAAGAAGUUUGCUUUUCGAUAUUGUAUGAUUUUGCUAAAUGCAUUGGUGGUGCUUGUGUUCCUAUAGCACAACUGCAGGAGUUCUGGAGCAGCCGUAAUGGCACACCCUGGCCAUCUGUCACCAUUGUAAAUCUGUGUGGCUUUGGAUAAAAGCGACCUGCUAAGUCAGUCAACUGGUAGAACUAGCUGUUAACAGUAGAAGUUUCAGUUCCCUGAAAAGCACACACACUAAUUCCAAAUGUGCUUUUAUGUACUGAAAGUUGAUAUGAAUGUAAAAUUGUGUAUAUUUGUUUGUUUGUAUGUUUGUUUGCUUAUGCCUAUGUGUCUUCUGUGU